CACCGCCGUGUUUACUUCGUGUCAGUGCGUAUUCUCGUGUGGUCUUCCUUUCGAAUCGUCAAAUGCGAGCAUCGUUUCGACGUUUCCAAAGAAACGUCGUUUCUUUUUCUGAUAUUUCUAUCUAGUGAAACGUCCAACUAAUUUCAACUAUCGUCGUGAUAUCUGAAAAAAAGACAGUGUUACUGCGACUACUAGAGUGACUGUGAUAAACUUCCGAGAUAUUUCGAUAUUUUUACUUCGACUCACUGAUCGAUUGACUGACUGACUGACUGACUGACUGAUUGACUGACUGACACUUGAUAUGAACUUUGAAGUUUUUCUUUUUUCAAGCAGUGAGUAAUGAGAAAACAUGUCGGAUAAAAGCAACGUCGUAAAAACAACGGAUAAUCCAAGACUUUGAAGUUCGUUGAAUGGAUCGAACAAGGAUGGUGAUUUCUUUCGAGAAAAUUGUCGAUAUUUUGGAAAAGCAACGUUGGUUCAAUAGAGUUCAUCAAACUUCCUUAGUACAUACAUCUCAAUAAAGAUCAUCGAUCAAAAUCGACGUUAAUAAAAUCCAUCCGAAACGCAUCGGUUGGCAGGAACGAAAAAUGAAGAAAAUAUCUUGGCUCGUUUCGUACGAUCGAUCAUCCUCGUUCUUCCGGUCGAAUCUUGAAACGACAAUCUCAUCCAGUCGAUUGAGUCUCGUCGAGCAACGUAAUAAGAAUCUCGGUGUUAGUGAUAAGAGAAAGGAGAGGAAGCGGCUUGCUAAAGAAAUAUUUUUAAGGGAGUCUCAGCUGAAACGUGGAAUAUAAAGUGGAUUUGUUGCUGAGAACGAUAAAGCAGAAUGCGAUAAAGAUAAAUAGAGGAAAAAAAGAAAGACAGAUAGACAGACAGACAGAUAGAGAGAGAGAGAGAGAGAGAGAGAGUUAUGUACGUGUAAAAAAAAAAAAAAAAAAAAGAAAGAAGAAAAAAACAUUCAAAUGGACAUCGACGACAAAACAAACGAUUCACCUUGUAUUAUAUUAAACUAAAGAAAAAUAUCGAAGAUUGAUUAGAAAAAAUUUUAAACGCUCUGAUAAAUAUCCUAUAAAAGUUUGAAAAUCAUGUUACCGAUAUAUUCGAAAAAUUGGGAAACCUACUUAAGACGUUGUAAAUGUUUCGUUGAAGAAAAUAAUUACGUCGAUACGAAACGAGAAUUAUUAUAUUUCUUUUAGAUCAUAAAUUUAAUGGUACACUAAAAAAAAAAAAAUUUAAUAUCAAAUUAAAGUGGUUCGAGGGUGGCGAGGCAAAAAAGAAAAGGUUAUACAUGGACGCGUCGGAGGAGAGUGAAAGCAGAGUGAAAGACGAUAGAUCGAUUCCUUGACGAGAAUGAGAUUCCUUAGAAAGAGUUAGAUCGGAGUAAAAGAUAGAUAUAUAAACGGACAAAGAAAACACGAGAGAAAGAGAAAGAGAGAGAGAGAGAGAGAGAGAGAGAAGGUAUUAAACUUAAAAGAAAGAGAAAAAGAUUUAUGAUAACUGUGCUUUUAAAAGGGUAAUGUAACCAUUUAAGGUUAACGCGUACAAUUAAAAAAAAGGAACUCUUUAUUCGUCCAUUCUACUUCUUUUUUCCUUUUCCUUAUUUUUUUUUUUUCUUUUUUCUAUCUACUCUUUUUUUUUUUCGUUUCAAACUUAUCAACAUACAAAUCGCAUUUCGUAAAAUUAAAUUCAACGAGACGACUAAAUGCUCGCGUACGGGAGAAAAUAUCAAAGAAUUAUACUUUCCUUGCGACAAAUGCGUUUUUAUCCGAGUAAUAAAAAUAAAAAGGUGGUGAUCCUUUGAUAAAGGAAGGAGAAAAAGGUUGGAGGGAGAAUGGAGAAAGACAACGUUAGACAUUAUAGGGCUUACGAGGGUUUUAAGCCAGCCAAUAAUGGCAACACCUCGUCCCUUAAAAGAACAACGUCGGAACAUCCAAAAACUUUGCAUCCAUCGAGACAAGUUAGAUGUUUAUGUUUCGGUGGUAUACCAGACAAAGCUAGCCAACAAUCCUUCCUAAAGGGUUUCGCCAUAAAUCUUGGUAUAUGUGCAUUAAUGGUCGCUUAUACGUUACUGGGAAGUUUCAUAUUCCUUGCAAUCGAGGGUGGUACCGAUUCUACGGACAACGUUGGGAUACAUCGAGCGUUGGCAACCAUUGCUGUUAGUAGUCAAUCUAAUAAAAGGAAUACCACAGCCUGGUUGAUGCAGGUAAAUAACGAAGCACGCGCGAAAACCGUCGAAAAUAUAUGGAUACUCACGGAAAGCUUGAACAUUCUCUACCGUGAAAAUUGGACGAGAUUGGCCGCGCAAGAGAUCGCACGGUUUCAGGAUCAACUGGUGAAAAGGAUCACGGAGGACAUGAUGGCGACACAGAAUACUGGCACGUACACCGGUAGUACCGGUGUAAACGGCGAUAGUGUCACGGAACGACGAAUACCCGAGUACGAGUGGAACUUCGCCAAGGCGUUUCUAUAUUCUUUAACAGUACUGACUACCCUAGGCUGUGGUAGUAUAGCACCUAAGUCAACGUGGGGUAAACUUGCCACCAUGGGUUACGCCAGUCUAGGUAUACCCUUGACGAUAGUCUACUUGUCAAAUGCCGGAGGUCUGUUGUCCAGGUGUGCCAGGGGUGUUUUUACCCGAGCUCUUUGUUGUUGCCUUUGUUCGAACUGCGGCUAUUGUUGCUACGACGAGAGACGAAUGCAGGAGAAAGAGAGACGAAUGCGAAGAAAGAGGCAACAGGAAGAAUUGGCGCAGCAACAGCAACAGCAACAACUACAGUUACAGGAACCAUUUUACGUGCGUGCUAAUUCGUCGACGUUUACGAGUACAGUUGAGAUCAAAGCGAGUCCGAAGGAUGAGGUCUCUAGUCUUGGAUCUGGGGAUAGACCGAACGUGACAAUACUGGCACCCAUUAGCAUUUGUCUUGGUGCUAUGCUCUGCUAUAUCAUUGCUGGAGCCUUUACUCUUCACAAAUUGGAUGGUUGGACUUUCGUAGACGCAAGUUACUUCUGCUUCAUGAGCUUAAGCACUAUCGGAUUCGGAGACAUGGUGCCGGGUUCCUAUCCUCAGAACAACCCAUCCUCCUCGCGAAACGCAACGAUUUGGUUUUGCUCUUGCUAUAUAAUGUCGGGUAUGGCAUUGACGGCAAUGUGCUUCAAUAUUCUACACGACGAGAUCGUUCAUCGAUUCUGUCAUCAAAAUGAAAAACAAGAACCAGUUAAGGCAAGCUCCAGUGUUGACGAGCUAUCAACCGAUCCCUUUGCUCUGACUUCGUGACAAUUUCCGUCCGGUAAUCUGUGCCAUAGAAAUGGUACGGAGGAUACGAAUGUAUGCGCCACGGAAGCACCAACUAACAUAUUCGCUCAUGAGAACGAGAUCAAUAUUCUGAAGGAUUCCUUUAAUCAGGUUGAUGUCACUAGAGACUGCAAACCGAUCCUGAAGUUGGAGGAUCACGUGCCACCGAUCGCAGCGGUUUACAUGUUACCGAAGGUAGACGAGGAGACAGAGGAGAACACUGAAAUGUAAAAAUGUCUCCUAGAUGUCCCUUCGAAUGUGUCCCCAAAGCGAAAUUCCACGAUGGAACUUUCGAGUUUCCGAACUUUUGGGAUAGAUAGUUAACUAUCUCUCUCUUUCUCUCUCUCUCUCAAUCUCUCUAUCUCUAUCUCUAUCUCUAUCUGGUUCUCUCUAAUUCACUCCCUGUCUGUCUCAUUUCUCGGCAAGGAAACAACAUCAUAAGUGUA